AAAACAGAUAUGCAGAGAGGAGAGGGAGACGGUAGCAGAUAAGCCUAAACACGAAACUCGCAAAUUCCCUCAACACUGGAGUCGCUGGAAAAUUCAUUCUGGGACUCAGCUGAGCUGACCAAGCAUGAUUCAAAAUGGUUGCAUUGUAUCCCAAGGGUGUGCCCCUCUGAAUUCUAGGUCACGCAACCAUGGCAUACCUAGUACCUCUGCCUUUCGUUGCGCUUCUCUAAUGCCUCCCAAGGUUGCCGUCUCUAACAUCCGGAGCUUUUGGGGACAUAAUCUGGAAUGUAAACCCUUGUUGCCAAGAGGAAUGACAUUGUCAAACACGUUUGCUGUAUCAAGCCUGCGUGUAAGGGAGGGUCAAAAUCUUCUCUUUCGUGCUCUCCCUCUUUUACCCCGGUUGCGCAAGUCUAAUAUGGCCCCUCGGGCAUCAAAGGAUGUCCCAACUAGCUUCCGUUAUCCUCCAAUGACCAAGAAACCGCAAUGGUGGUGGAGAUCAUUAGCAUGCCUCCCUUACCUCAUGCCUCUCCAUGAGACAUGGAUGUAUGCCGAGACAGCAUACAAUCUUCACCCAUUUUUGGAAUGCUUUGAAUUCUAUACUUACCCUUUUCUUAUGGCCAUUGGAAGCCUUCCUAGCUGGUUUCUCAUGGCAUACUUCUUUGUUGCAUAUCUUGGAAUUGUGAGGAGAAAAGAGUGGCCUCAUUUCUUCAGAUUUCAUGUUGUGAUGGGAAUGUUAUUGGAGAUUGCCCUGCAGGUUAUAGGGACUGUGAGCCGCUGGAUGCCGCUAUCACUCUACUGGGGUAAACUGGGAAUGCAUUUUUGGACUGCUGUAUCAUUUGGUUAUCUAUUUACCGUCUUGGAGUCCAUAAGGUGUGCUCUUGCCGGUAUGUAUGCUGACAUUCCUUUCAUCUGUGACGCAGCAUAUAUCCAGAUACCAUAUGAUUAACAGGGCAGAUGUAAGGAAGUUUAAGUUUACAUUAUGUAUCACUUUUCGUUGUAUCAGAAUUUUUCUUGAGCAGAAUUGAAGGAUUACUAGUCUGUUAGUGAUUAUGCCCCAAAAAAAAAAAAGUGUUUGAGAUUUCUCUUGCGUACAUUUUGUUUAUAUGAAUUGACUUUAUCUGUAGUCUCAGGGUUCCUAUAUCUCUCUGUUUCCCUCCCGUUUGACAUUCCCAACUGUCGAUUUCUAUUACAAAUGCACUUUACCA